AUGGAUUGCUUGCGGGACAAGUUUAUCCAAGGGAAACUCCUCGAUGGACGUUUCCAGACAGUUGCUCCGCUUAACCAUGGCUCCUUUGGAAUGGUCUUUCUCGCCAAAGACACCUUCACUGGAGAGCAGGUGGCCAUCAAGUGUCUGACCAAGCCCUCUUCUGCGGAUUCCACCUCUCCCUUAUCUGUCGAUGACCGUUCGGAGGAGAUGCAGUGCCACAUGAAGCUUGGACAACACCCAAACUUGGUCAACCUUGUGAGCUCCUUCGAGACCCAAUCACACGUCUUCUUGGUUCUCGAAUACUGCUCCAUGGGUGAUUUGUACGAAGCCAUCCGGACUAAUCGUGGGCCGCUCGAGACUGAACACCUCAUCGACGGCGUUGAGUUCAUGCAUUCUAAGGGGCUCUACCAUCGAGACAUCAAACCAGAGAACAUCUUCCUCUGUCAGGAUGGCUCCAUGAAGCUCGGCGACUUUGGCCUGGCAACCAGCAGCCCUUGGUCCUUUGAGGCUUGUGUAGGAAGUGACCGAUACAUGGCUCCGGAACAGUACGAGCCUACUGCGGCUGGAUACUCGCCUGCCAAAGCCGACAUCUGGUCCAUCGGCAUCUGCCUCUUGAACAUCCUCUUCGCGAAGAACCCCUUCGUCACUCCCACUGAAUCCGACAUCCUCUUCGCCGACUACUCUCGUGACCGACAGUCGCUCUUCGACAUCUUCCCAAACAUGUCCCAGGAUACCUUUGAGGUGCUCAGACACUCUCUUGCUCUGGACCCCGAGAGGAGAUCACUUGCCGGCAUGAGAGAGUCCAUCGUGCGUGCCGUCACCUUCACCACAGAUGAUGAGUCUCUCGAUGAGUUUUGCACCGAAGACCGUGACGUCGUUGCUGCCAGUGCCUACCGUGAACCUCUUCGCACCCCAUCCAUUCAGACUCCGCAGGUCAACCAGGGAGACUCUUUCCCUUGGGCAAAGGCUCUUCAGAUCUCCCCUCAGCAGGAUGCUCGUCGUCUCUCGGUUAUCCCGGAUACCGAGAGCUACAGCGAGGAUCUCUUCCCUGCCUCAGAAGUGGAUGGUGCCUCCUGGUACUCUACGCACGCUGUCUCCCCAUCGAUCGGUUCUACUCUGGAUUCAAAUUUGGGUGCCUCGUUCAAAUCGAUGAAGAUCCGCCAGUCUACCUUCCGCAAAGCCCCCCGCCCAGCUCCUAUCAGUGAGUCUCUCCCUACUACUGCGACUCGCCCAUUUUCGGCCAUGUCUCUGGUCUUUGGAAAGGGUAGCUCCGAUCAAGUGUCUAAGAGCUGGAGCGAUCUUUGGGAUGAGGAGGAGUCUGAACUCGAGGAAGCCCGCCUGCGCAGCCGCCAGGCCCAGAACUCCCGAACUUGGAGCAAGGAGAGCAAUACCGCUGAUGUCACUGGCCUUGGCCUUUCUGAAAUUGAGGAUCCAUCUUCCGUGCUUAACGUCCGGCCAAUUCCAAUCGUCAAGGACGAGAAGAAUAAGAAGAAGGCCGUGUCUCCAGCCACGCCAUCCAAGCCACGAAGCAUUCUUGGGGAGAGCAGCAACACUCCUGUCCCGCCAUCCCGAUACUCUCCGUCUAAGAACUCAAUUAUGGACAAGUGGGCUGCUCUGGGCAAGAAGCGCAUGAACCAUUCGCCCGAAAAAGAUCUUCGUGCUGCCUCUACCCCCAAGACCAAGACUCCCAGCUGGCGAAAGGAACCACAGUACGAUCACGGCACCUGGACCAAGAAGAAGUUCCAGUCGAAGGACAGCCGAGGACACAAUUACCAGCAACAACCCAUCCAACCUUAUAUGCUGAGCAAGGAUUGGCGUCGCGACAAAGACCAGACGAUCAGACCAAAGAGAGCCCAACAUUACCCCCAGCUUCCCAUCUAUUCCCCGGCGGUGAUUGAUGACGAAUUCGACUUUGUCGGCGGUUGGCAGGACCUACACCCGUAG